AUGUCGCUCAAUUUUCACGGUUCAUUCUCUUACAAGAAUGAUCUCAUCAACGUUAUCAAAAUUAGAGACAACGUCAACAUGAGAGUUCAAAGGGAGAAUAAUCAAGUUGCAGUCAUUUAUUUCGUAAAUGAUCAGGAUAAUAGAAUCCGUAUUCCGCAAGGAAUUAUUGUAAGAGACACCACCGAUAACACAAAUGUAAGGCCUUCAAGGUUCGAUAGACAGUCCUUUCCAAUUUCGUGGGUCUCAAGUUACGAGAUAUACCUUAAUGGUGAACAUAUAGUAUCCCUCGAUAACCAAAAACAACAGGCGAUAAGAGGGAUCGACGCUCUUGCCUAUUCUACUACCGAUGGUGAGGAUAGUGGUAGCGAUGGUGAGGAUGGUGGUAGCGAUGGUGAGGAUGGUGGUAGAGAUG